UUGCGACUGAUCCAGCCUCGCAUCACCCGAACACCCUCGCGAUGGCAACCUCUGGGCGCCUGCAAGUCCCGACCGACGCGUUCGCCGAGGCCGAGGUCGAGACCGAGCUCGUGCUUAAGACGUGGCGGUCCUUUGCCAUCUACCGCAUCGAGGUUGCGUGCCCCAUCACGCAGCGCUGGUGGACGCUCGAGAAGCGCUUCUCGGACUUUUACCGCUUGCGACACAUGCUCGAGCAGUGGGCGAGCAGCGCGACGCCGACAUCGGCCAUGGCGCGGCCGCUACGACGGCUCCUCGACGUGCCGUUUCCAAAGCGCGAGAUGCACUGCACGCAGCCCUCGGUCGUCGCCAAGCGCGCGCGCCUCCUCAAGCAGUUUGCGUGGGCGCUCAUGGUCUUCCGCGCCGAGUGCUGCAUGUACCUGCUCGAGUGCGACCAGACGCAAACCGCGCCGUCCGAGCGCUUUCUGCGGACGUAUGGUCGUCUUGAAGGCUUUCUCGACAUGCCCGAGAGUCUGCGCGAGAUGCAAUUCCAGCGCGCCGAGUGGCCCAUGUUGUCGCACGACCCGUGCUCAAUCUGCCUCGACGAGUUCCAACCCGGCGACCUCAAAGAGAUUUGCUGCGUCGUCAAGCUUCCAUGCACGCACUGCUUUCACCGCGAGUGCGUCCUCGACUGGCUCACCGACAUGCAUUGCUGCCCGCUCUGUCGAGCCGCGACCGAGCGUGUCUCGGGCCUCUAUUUAUAAUACCUUAGCUGGAUGCGCUUAUGCCAAUCGAGCCAGAAUGCACUUGUACCGACGUUCGUCAUCGUACUACACGUGCGCCGUACUGUGCACGGAUGCACCUCGUCGCAGACGUGUCGCGGCAAGAUCUGGUCGUGCUCGUCGCGAGCAGUGACGCCUCCCAAAUUGUGCUCGCGCAGACGCCGUGUUGAUCAAUAUAUUCGAUUUACUAUUACCUA